CGGCCUGCGUGCGGCUAGCAGCUAGCUAGCUACGCAGUAGCAAUUCGGCUUCGAGCAGCUAGUUUAAACAGUAGACCAAUGCCUUAACAACAGAUUCUAAUUGGCCUCUCCAAAAUACGAAUGCUGUCCGUUAGCACAAGUGGACAUCGUUCUUCACCAAACAACUAAAUCGCCGACCUCAAAUUUCCAUUUUUUAUGUCCGUUUCGGUCGAAGCCAGCUAAGUGGCUAACGACCGCAGCCCCCAAAUAUGAAGAAAGUAGAAACUGGGUCCGAUCAGAUCGCCGCAGAGCUUCCAGUCGUGUAACGGCACCCUGUACUCCCCCCGCCCCCCGACUUGUCCAGCCUAGACACGGUCGACAACUCCUAUCCCGAUCAUGGCCUCUUGUCCCAGGAACUCAGUGCGCAUCCUGUCCAGGCGGGAGCGUGGCUGGCAGACCUGCGGCUCACAGCGCCUCCUCCAGCUGCUGGUGGAGGAGAAGGUGCGCGGGAGGAAGUGGCAGAGUCAGAAAGUGGAGCUACCCGACAGCCCGAGAUCCACCUUCCUGUUGGCCUUCAGCCCUGACCGGACCCUCAUGGCCUCCACGCAUGUUAACCACAACAUCUACAUCACGGAAGUCAAGACUGGAAAGUGCCUCCAUUCUCUGGUGGGCCACCGUAGAACCCCCUGGUGUGUGACCUUUCAUCCCACCAUUCCUGGACUGGUGGCCUCCGGGUGCCUUGAUGGUGAAGUUCGCAUCUGGGACUUGCAUGGCGGUAGUGAGAGCUGGUACACUGAUGGCAACAUAGCUAUUGCCUCGCUGGCCUUCCACCCGACCGCUCAGCUCCUUCUCAUCGCCACCAACAACGAGCUGCACUUUUGGGAUUGGAGCCGACCGGAACCGUUUGCCGUCGUCAAAACAGGCAGUGACGCUGAGCGAGUGAGGUUGGUGAGGUUUGACCCGCUAGGUCACAAUCUGUUGACGGCCAUCGUCAAUCCGUCCAAUCAACAGAAUGAGGACGAAGCUGACGUUCCCAUGGAUAGUGUGGAGAUGCCCCACUUCCGCCAGCGUUCCUUCUUACCUCAACCCGUUCGCCGCACUCCCAUCCUCCACAACUUCCUGCACAUACUCUCUUCCCGCUCCUCUGGAACGCAGGGCCCGGGGGAGUCGCCCCGCCCACUCGGCGACAAUGUGGCUCAUUCAGGGGAGUCUCCUGGCACCCCACUUGCCCCGUUCCCCAACACGGAGCGCGGGCCUUCCUUCCUCGGUUGCACCCGCUUCCUGGGCAUGGUGUGCAUGUGCAGUCAGUGCUCGAUCAAUCCCGGCCCUUUGCUGACUGGUACCGCUACUACCGGGGCGACUUCGUCCGACCCUCCCCAGCCCCCCACUUCAUCAUCCUUCUCAUCAGCGCGCACAGAGCCCAGGCAGCCCUCAGAACGCCCCUCGGCCUUUACCUCGGUCUACUACAGUGCCGCCACUUCUCUCAAUGCUCCGCCUCCUAGUGGCAUGGAGCCGAACUCCGCCACCAGACAAGGACCAGACUGGACUCACGAUUUGCUAAGCAUGAGGGACGGAGGAGUCGGCCCAGGGAUGCUGCCCCCCAGAACCUCCUCCUCUUCCUCGGUCAGCCUCUUAUCGGUUCUGCGUCGGCAGGAUGGCUCCUCCCACUCCCCAGUGUACACCUCCGCUAGCGAUGGGCGGGGCUUCCCCCAACAGGGAGAUGCAGGGUCUCGAGACGGAGCCAACACCAGCAGCGGUCACCACCCCUUUUGGGAUGGCACCCGGAGCAACCCCGCCUCCUUUCGCAACGUGCUGCGGUGCAACCUGAGCCGCUACUUUCUGGAGUUUGACCGCAUGCAGGACCUGGAGCCACCACUAGGGGGCGUGGUCAGCAUGGGGGAGGGAACCCAGGAGCAGAGCCAGGAGUUGUUGAAUAACAAUGUAGACGCAGACCGUGCCGGACCCUCGGCAUCCUCGUCAUCCCCCACUAUCAUCCAUUACCAGCCUCCUCUCCCUCCUCCUCCCUCUACACCCCAACCCAUGGAGAACAACGCCACCUCCAGCUCCCACGGCCACCUGAACCGUUGCCGGGCGUGUCACAACCUGCUGACCUUUAACCACGACUCUCAGCGCUGGGAGCGCACGAACCAGACGUCCUCCAUUUCCUCCUCCAAUGUCCAGCAGCCCUCCUCAUCCUCUCCCUCUUCGUCCUCUCCAGCCUGGCAAGAAGAUGCUGGCAGGGGCCCUUUGGACGGGCAAAUGCAAGCCAUAAGGGGACCUCUGGAGAGUGGACAGCGUCCUCUACCUGCUGGUGGAGCAGUACCAGCAGUGGCCUUCCCUCUGGUCUCGUCCUCCAGCCAGCCCGCAGAGCAGACCGUGGGUCUGAUGUACAACCAAGACACGGCCCAGUGGGAAAGGGUGUAUCGACAGGCAUCUCAGGCCAGACCCCCUGAUCCCCCAGAGGCCUUAAACCAAGAAAUGCCUGUGGACCCCCCAGACGAAGACUCCCUCCGGAGGAGACUUUUAGAAUCUUCCCUUAUGUCUCGCUAUGACAUGACCGGAUCUAGAGACCACCCAAUCUACCCUGACCCAGCCAGGCUCUCCCCUGCAGCGUACUAUGCCCAGAGAAUGAUCCAGUAUUUGUCCAGGCGGGAUAGCAUUCGUCAGCGCUCUCCUCGGUACCAACAGAACCGUCUGCGAGCCAUGUCUUCAUCUUCUGAUGGACCGGCCAGUAAUGCCUCCAACUCCAUGGACAACACUGACGUUGACUUUGAUGAGCUGGAUGAUAACGGCGUGCGAGCACGACACAGUACUCCCCGAAAUGCCAGAAUGUCAGCGCCGUCAUUGGGUCGCUUUGUUCCAAGGCGUUUCCAUCUUCCCGAGUACCUGCCCUAUGCCGGAAUAUUCAAUGAGAGAGGCCAGUCGGGCCUGGCCACACACACGUCUGUCAACAGGGUGUUUGCCAGCGCGUCCAUCGGUGAUGGGCAGUCUGCGGUGGCCAGCAACAUCGCCAGCACCACCUACCGCCUGCAGUGGUGGGACUUCACCAAGUUUGACCUGCCGGAGAUCAGCAACGCCUCUGUGAAUGUUCUGGUGCCAAACUGUAAGAUCUACAACGAUGCUAGCUGCGACAUCUCCGCCGAUGGCCAGCUGCUGGCUGUUUUCAUCCCUAGCAGUCAGCGGGGUUUUCCCGACGAGGGCAUCCUGGCCAUCUACUCUCUGGCCCCACACAACCUGGGGGAGAUGCUCUACACCAAACGAUUUGGUCCUAAUGCUAUUUCUGUUAGCUUGUCACCGCUGGGCUGCUAUGUGAUGGUGGGCCUAGCCUCUCGCAGGAUCCUGCUGCAUCCCACCACCGACCACAUGGUGGCGCAAGUCUUCCGUCUGCAGCAGCCGCAUGGAGGAGAGACAUCCAUCAGGAUGGUCUUCAACGUUGUUUACCCUAUGGCUCCAGACCAGCGGCGCCAUGUCAGCAUCAAUUCUGCUCGCUGGCUUCCUGACCCCGGGAUGGGUCUGGCGUACGGAACCAACAAAGGAGACCUGGUCAUUUGCCGUCCUGUAUUUUACCGCAGUGAUGGCGAGAGUCCUGCUGAGUCAAGCGCAGAACCUUUAUUCUCUGUCAACAAUGGUGGCAGUAGCCGGACCCGCGGUUCUGAACGACCCGGGCCCAGUCGAACAGGAUGGCGAUUGGACCGGGACAUGGGAUUGAUGAAUGCCAUAGGUCUUCAGCCCAGAAACCCCGCCCCUUCUGUGACAUCACAAGGGACACAGACGCCUGUGGUCCAGCUUCAGAAUGCUGAGACUCAAACAGACGUUGCGGAGCCUGGACCCUCGCAGCUACAACCUGCACCGCCUCCGCUUAGUGGUCAAGCGGCAGAUUGUCAAAUUGAGUCUCAGACCAUCCGAAGUGCGGAUGGAACAGAAGUUCCAACAAGCACAGGUGAGCUUCCAGAGGGGGGAAGUUCAGGUGAAGAUGCCAUGGCUCGAAUCCGCAGGCUGAUGGCAGAAGGUGGCAUGACGGCGGUGGUGCAGCGUGAGCAGAGCACCACCAUGGCAUCCAUGGGCGGUUUCGGGAACAACAUCAUCGUCAGCCAUCGAAUCCACCGUGGAUCACAGACCAGCACAAGGACCUCCAGGCCCGCUUCUAACCCCACUUCCUCCUCCUUAGGGUCAGUCCUUGUCAACCACCUGCAGACCGAGCCCCCUACCGCGGCCCUCCUGUGGGGCCCCCAACCGCCCUCUGGCCUUGUCCUCCCCGAUGACGCGGAUGACGUUUUUGAAGGAGCGAGAGCGGAUGAUGACUCUCGACCAGGCCCCUCCUCAUCCUCCCCACUCAUGUCUUCCCCCUCCCCUCACAGCAGUGGUGCUGGCCCCAACAGUUACCACGGCGGCCCCUACAGCAGGUAGUCGUCCCGUUGGACGAGAAGAGAUGUGAGUGAACGGUGCUGCUCGGACUUCAGUGGCGUCGGCGUUGCACUGAAGCGCCAACAUUCCUCGCCACAAAAGGGCUCCCGCUCGAACGAGUGCCGACUCGGACCCGGACUCCUAUAUUAAAGUGCCAUGUCGCCAGCUGUUUGGUGUCAUGUGACCUCGCUGCCGUGUGACGUGAAUCAGCACUUGUGUGUGUGUGUGUGUGUGGGUGAGUUUUUGUACCAUGUGAUCUUUGAUACCUGCGGGAGAAGACGGGAUUCCACCGCUGUCAAUCGCGACGACUGAAGCUCCUCCUAAUGCUGCAGUUCAUCAAACUGAACACCCCCCCUGCAUCCUGUAUGUAUGUAUAUGUAUGCGUGGGUGCGUGUGUGUGUGUGUGAGUGCGCGCGUGCGCAUGCUUGUGGCAGCUGCUUGUUGACUUAAUUUAUUCGAGCAAAUGAAGACAAAAAUAGAAGCCGACCACGCGAUCGCUUUAUUACUAAUUUUUAUUUGUAGUACUCGCUCCGUGGUUGCCACCAGUCACGUGGAAACAUUGCUGGUACUGGGAAUGUUGUGAUAGGUUACAUGGUCACCAUUUAAACAGUUCAGCACCAAUUAGAGUGACGUGAGUGUAAGACCUUGCCCCUUUCUUCCCCACGACUGGACUCCUUCAAAAUAAAACUUGAACUGUUUCCUGUUGACUGCACAGGCACCGCUUUUACGUUUCCUCUUUUUAAGUGAGUGCGUGUUGCCGUGCUUGCACGCGUACACUGAUUGUGUGUGUGUGUGUGUGUGUGUGUGUAAUGGACCUCUAGAAGUGCAGUGACUUGUGAUUGUGCAGGUCACAAGUGUCAUUUUCAUGGCGACUUGGCCAAGCUCCUCCUGGCUUUACUUGAUUCGUCAACACUGAACGCUCUCCUCACGGCACCGGCGCCCGCCAUCAUUCUUUGCUUUGACUUUUAGAUGUGAUGUCAUUAAAGAACAUUCAGAGUUA